GGCAUCGUGGGGAACCUGUCCAGCGGCAAGUCAGCCCUCGUGCACCGCUACCUGACCGGCACCUACGUGCAGGAGGAGUCUCCAGAGGGUGGCCGAUUUAAGAAGGAGAUCGUGGUGGACGGUCAGAGUUACUUGCUGCUAAUUCGAGAUGAAGGGGGUCCCCCCGAACUCCAGGUAGGNNNNUGGGUCGAUGCUGUGGUGUUUGUCUUCAGCCUGGAGGACGAGAUCAGCUUCCAGACGGUGUACAACUACUACCUGCGGCUCUGCAGCUACCGGAACACAGCCGAGGUGCCGAUGGUGCUGGUGGGCACGCAGGAUGCCAUCAGCGCCACCAACCCCCGGGUCAUCGACGACUCUCGAGCGCGGAAGCUUUCCAAUGACUUGAAGCGCUGCACAUACUACGAGACCUGUGCCACCUAUGGACUGAACGUGGAGAGAGUCUUCCAGGAUGUGGCUCAGAAGGUGGUGGCUCUGCGGAAGAAACAGCAGCUUUCCAUCGGCCCCUGCAAGUCCUUGCCCAACUCACCCAGCCAUUCGUCUGUCUCCGCGGCCUCCAUUCCUUCCGUUCACAUCAACCAGGCACGCACGGCAGCGAUGAGCGGCCAGAGGGCAGCUCCUGCCAAGCAGGAGGAGGUCCCUGAGAGGGGCUUUGGUCCGGCUGCCUGGGCCGGGCUGGGGGGGCACAGCCACCCACCGUCCCACUGCCCCUGGGAGCGGGAGCCGGAGGUCUUCCACCACACAUACCCAGUGGGCUUCUUAGGGGAGGGGCGAAUUCAGCGGCGGCAGCUCCGUAUUUAGACCAUUGCUGCCUCCAACACCCCCACCCCCAUCCGCAAGCAGUCCAAGCGGCGCUCUAACAUCUUCACG